AUGAGACACUAUAAUCUAUUAUACAACGAUGAACUUAUCUUAAGGAAGAACAAAUAGCUAUAUGAGGCUUUAGAUAAUUUCAGAGCUGAUAAUUAAUCUUAGAAUUGUAGAGGAGGUAUAUUCUUUGCUGUUUGCAAGGGUAAAUUAAGUGAAGGAAUAGACUUUUCAGACAACGAUGCAAGAUGUGUGAUUAUCCUGGGAAUUCCUUAUUCAGAUUUAGGUGAUCCACGCACUUUGAUUAAAUGA